AUGUGGGAAACCGUCGAUGACGCCAGUAAGAGGCGCGAGAUUCGAUACGGGAACAACAUUUAUGUGCUGUUUCGUGCCCUUCUACAUUGUAGAAAGUUCUAUGGCCAGGACACGCUUUGGGUCGCCAUCGGUCGGGGUUUCAACACCAGCGCUACCAUCGCCAGAGUGACGGCUGAAAUCCUGACCGAGGCCCGGAGGGCGCAGCGUACCAGACCAUCAAGGGAUGUGCCUGACACGGCACGCGCCGCCGAUGACUGGAUCGAUUUUCUCGACAGCCAGGGCUCACAACCCCGUAUGCUGUCCGACCCCGAAGUCCACAAGGUCGCCGAUUCCUUCUUCAAGACCCAGGAAAAGAAAUACGUCAACGCCGCCAAGGUGCCGGUAAGCGGGCGACCGCCUUUAUAUGACCCGAAAUUCGACACGGCGCCCCGUGGACUGCUUUCUCCUUCGGCCAAAGCCGAAAGCCCGAGAGAAACUGAAAGGCACUGGCCGCCACAGUUUGGACGCAAACGCUCCGCCUCUCCGCCGAUCGGUCCUAGCUCUAAAUCUAGGCGUUUCGACCAUGACGUUCGCCACCAGCCUCGGCUAGAGCCCGACAGGCAUGGCGCUCUUGAUGAGCUACCGAAGAUUCAGCCGACGAGAAGCCCCCCACGGCCAGCCGCGUCGCGACCAGCCCAACCAGCUCACCCGACGCUGCCAGCGCAACCUGGGGUUCGACCAACCGUUUCGACCUUGGGAAACGAGGGGCCAGCCAGCUCGACUAUGUCGGCGCGGGCGGCGCGGGCGGCGCAGCUCCCCCCCAAACCCAAUGUUACAACUGAUAGAGAGAAUGCUCCUAGUCCCUCGGCUCCAUCGCUCACUGCCCGAAGCCCGGCCGGUGUAGAUGACAACUCGGCGCUGAAAACACGCAUCGCGAGCCUGGAAAAGCAGCUGGCCGAGGCCGAGAGCAAGAGCAAGGUAGCCGCUGCUCCGGCGAACCCAACCGCCCCAACUGCUGUUCCCCCAAGUGAACUCGGGAAGGACAUGAUUGAACUGAAAAAGGAAAUGGCCACAGCGACCGGCGCCAUCAGCACCAUGAUGGAAUCGAUGCACUACAUCGUCGACAACCUGGGUUCCAUGCAAGAAGAGAUCUCGGGCUUCUCAACCGAACAACAAAACUUGCAAGCCGCCCUCACCGCCCUCCAAACCGACGUCUCCCACCUCAAAACCAACCCCCCCACCCCCUCAACAACCACCACAUGCACCCAACCCGAAACCACCCGCAACCUCGAAGCCCUCAUCCAAGCCCAAACCACCCGCCUCGACAAACUCACCCACCAAAUCGCCACCCUCCAACACCAUCAACAAACCACCUCCCAAACCGGCACGACGCAGCCGCAGACCUUACGCCAGGCCAUGGCCGCCGCCGAGCGCGACCUGCAGCUCCACCUGGGCAGGGUGCAGGCCUUCUACCACCGCGGCAGCAGCAUGGGCGGCGGCGCCGGAGGAGGCGGUGCUGCCGGGGGAGUGGGGAGCAGCCGCGCGGCCACGGAGCGCACGGCCGACUUGCUGGCCCUGCUGGCGGACGGGGUGCGCGCCGCGCAAGCUGGGCAGGCGGGGGUUUAA